AGAUAAAGGAAGAGAAGAGGAAAAAGAAAGAAAGAAAAGAAAAGAAAAGAAAAGAGAGAGAAAAAUUUAAAAACUCCGGCCACUAUGGAAGUCAACUGCCAGUGCAAGACGGUCCAUUUCCGGACGCCGACGCCGUCCCCGCUCGCCAUCUACCAUUGCCAUUGCACCGAGUGCCGCAAGCAGUCCUCGUCCGCCUACGGCACCAGCGCCGUCUUCCCCGCCGACGGCCUCUUCCCGCUCUCGGACGACCUGGCGGCCAAGCUGAGCGUCUGGACGCGCCCGACGGAAAGGGGCAACACAAUGGACUGCUACUUCUGCAAGGUGUGCGGGUCGCGCGUCAUGCACCGGAUCCGGAACCCCGACGGGACCGAGAGGGAGACGGUCAGCAUCAAGGGCGGCCUGGUCGAGGGACUGCAGUGGCAAAGAGCGGUGCACAUCUACACGAGGAGCGCCGUCGUCGACAUUCCCGAGGGCGCGGAACGAUGGGAAGAGGCACCCGACAACAUGCCCGGGCAAAAAAAAAAAGGAUGCCAGUGGUCAGAACUAAGUGAGCAGCAGCUGAGUCAUCUUUACGGGCAGAGGGCGUAAUUAAACAACACAUAUUUUCCUUUUGGAGUCCGGG